AUGGACCAUAUUGUUGUUGUUGUUGGUGGCCCAAACAAACCAAAGACUUUAAACCAGGAGAUCGGAGUUUACGUCCCGUUGUUGGAAGUUAAGUCAGAAAUUGUUUUUUACGAAGACCAAAACUUCGAGGGUCGAUACUACGAGUGCACCAGUGACUGUCCUGAGCUUAACGCCCACUUCAGCCACUGUAACUCAGUGCGUGUGGAGAGCGGGGCCUGGGUGCUGUAUGAGAGGCCCAACUACCUGGGCUACCAGUACAUCCUGACCCGGGGGGAGUACCCAGACUACCAGUGCUGGAUGGGCUUCAGCGACAGCAUCAGGUCCUGCCGGCUCGUACGCAACGUCCCUGGUGUGUACCGGAUCCGUAUCUACGAGCGUCCUGACUUCAGCGGCCAGAUGUUGGAGUGUAACGAGGACCUAGACGACCUGCCGGAGCACUGGCACCUGAACGAGGCUCACUCUGCCCAGGUGCAGGACGGAGCCUGGGUCUUCUACGAGCUGCCCAACUACCGCGGGCGGCAGUACCUGCUGGAGAGAGGAGCGUACCGCCGCUUCACCGAGUGGGCCGCCAUGAACCCCAACGUGGGCUCCUUCCGCCGCAUCCGAGACGUGUAGAGCGUCUCUCCUUCAGUUCUCACGUUGUUUACACAUCUGUAAUAAAGAGAAAGGAUUGUUUGUUCAACCCACCGUGUUCUGUGUGAUCAUCAGAGGUGGUUUACAUGUAAAAAUGUAAGGAGCAAAUUAUAAUAAAACAAAAAAGCUGUUGUCUGAAUCAAUG